AUGGUGGCAUGUCCCGAGGAAUGCGAGUGUCCAGAUGAGCUCUCUUUGCACUGUCACAAUGUGAGCACUUUCGAUUGGAAUAUUUUGAGCACUGCCCGUUUUGAGUCCCUUCAAUCUCUAUCGAUCACUCACUCAUCAAUGGAUGAUGUGUCGGCUUUGCCUGGGCUUCAACUCCUUGAAAAACUCGAUCUCACUGGGAAUAAGCUGAAGACUUUGAAUGUGGUGGCUCCCUUA